UUAGCAUGAAAGUAAAACGUGAUAUUCUGCUGAUUGGUCGGGAGAGCAGAGAGGGUGGAGUACAUGAGGUGACAUCUUUACUGAGGUAGUAUAAAUAGGAUGUUAUGCCAGAUUCUCCUGCAGGCAAAGGGAUGACUGAGACUGCAGACAUCAAGUUGGUGCUGCUCGGAGACUAUCAUACUCCCACCUGGCAUUUAGGGCAGAAUUUUCUUGACUACACCAGAAUACCAGCAUGGAAAUGACCAGUACAACGCUCCAACCAAUGUUUGGCUUUGGGUCAAUGGCCCACUCUGCUGGCCUAGUGGAGAUUGCUGUCAGGCUGUGCUUGAACCAACGCAAAGAAUUGUGUCCUCACGUUUGGGUGCCUAUUCUGAAGCCCCAGCGACCUUGCAUUCGACCUUCAGUUUCAGAACAGCCGGCACCUGAAAUGAUAAGCCACACACUUCUGACCCCACCACUGCCGUUUUUCUUGGAUGAUAUGGAUGAUGACGAUGAGGUGAUUCCAAUCAAGAACAAGCAUGUGGUGUUUGCUGACUCUAAAGGACUGUCUCUAACGGCAGUGCGAGUCUUUUCUGAGGAAGAGGAACAUUGUGACUUGGAGCCGCUGCCAUCCCUCCAGGAGCUGGGAAGCAUGACAGAGGAUGGUUAUAGCUGCACUGUCAGCACAUGCUGCCCGGGAACACAGCUUAAACUGGGCUUCCCACAGCCCUCUGCAGAUUUCCAGGCCUUUCGGGCCAAGCUGGCAGAGAGCAUGGUUAUCCUGGAGAACUGUAGUGUCAGUGAGCAGGCCCUCGAAGGUACCGUCCGGGUGAGGAACAUCAGCGUCCAGAAAGAUGUUCGUGUACGCAUCACCUUUGACUCCUGGCAGGGCUACAGAGAUGUGCCUUGUACGUACUUGCAGAGACGCUAUGGAGGACCACAGACAGACAUCUUUGAAUUUGAUAUUGCCAUUCCUAAAGUGCUUGAUGCCAAGAGGAACAUAGAGUUCUGUUUAAGCUAUUUGCCUGAAGGGCACAGCACACCUUUUUGGGACAAUAAUAACGGACAAAAUUACAGCAUCUCCGUCUGCGUAAGUUCCCAUCUCUAGUUUUUUUUAUUGCAAUUGUCUCCCUCAAUACGAUUUAAUGAGGCUGUUCUUCCCCAUCUGGAUCUGUGCCCUAUUUCUCUUGACUUCCAGUAUCCCAACAGCAC